UCUGAAGUGUACCUGGAAAAGCAGGACUGAGCCUACCUAUAUAAACCAACUCCGGUGUUCUGUCUGUCAGAACCUAUAGUACAUCGAUAGUAGAGAAAACGUUUUUGCUUAGCAAACAAUUGGUGACUGAAAUAUUUACGGUUGCGUUUUAAGAAUACUAAAACUGUUCGAAGAGUGGAGAAAAUAUACAAACAGUUGAACUGAGAUAAUAGUUGUUGAAAUAAAUAUAGUAAUUAAUUGACAUUUUAUAUAAUUUUUGCGGUGACUUUUUAGACAAGUAAGAAUUUGUGCAUUGAAAAUGAAUUUCUCUAAGCGUGUACAAAGCCUCGUCUUUGUUGUCAUAGUGAUGUUGGUUUGCAUAGAAGGAAAACGAAAAUCAAAGGGAUCCAAGAAGAGGGGUGGACAGAAAUACAGCGGGAAAUGCAAGCCGAAAAUUAUGGCCGAAUACGAAUUGGCAUUCCACGGAGGCUGGUCUGAGAGUGUGUACCCAAGAAUGUUUCCGAAAUACAGACCUCCAGCGCAAUUUUCAAAAUUAAUUGGUCGGACGCAUUCUGAUCAGUACACAAUGUGGGACGAGGGCACUUUCGCUUCUGAGGCCGUACAGAAAUUUGCCGAGGACAGCGACGUCCGAGGUUUUGAUAUCGAGGCUCAAGCUUACGGUGGAAUAAGGGACACCUUUACAGCGGCACCGAUAAGAGGUGGUCUAGGGAAGACAGCAACUAACUUUAUCACUGACGGUAGUCACACUAAGAUGUCAUUCAUGGUCAAACUCAUUCCGAGUCCUGAUUGGUUUGUUGGCGUGUCAUCUUUUGAUCUUUGUGAGCGCAAUCGAUGGAAGAGCCAUAUAAAACUUGAUCUGUUUCCGAUGGAUGCUGGGACAGACCGCGGUCUUACAUUCACUGCACCAAACUGGCCAUCUAAUCCAAAACAAACUAUUUAUAUGCUGUCUCCUACGGCGCCUGCUCACACUGCAAGCUCGUUCCAUUACCCGAACAUGACGUCACUUCCGCCAAUAGCAAAAGUUUAUCUUACGAAGGUUUCCGAAUACAGACGUAAAGGAAAAGCACCACCGCCACAAAAGAAAGAAAGAAAUUUGGUGAUCUUUGACACUGUCGAUACGAGAAAAGUUAUUCCAAAAUUAGAGAAAAUCAUUGACAGAGCCAUAGCACAAAACAAAGAGGCAAGUCGAAAUGAAAUUGCUGCGCCAAAACUAGAAACGCUUACAGAGCGGGAUCCUGGUUGCGUAGUGUCGAAAUGGACAGAGUGGACACCGUGUUCUGCGACCUGUGGGUUUGGACGUCAAGAACGACGGCGCACUAUUAUACGGCGGGCUGUGUUACCAGGAUUUUAUUGCCCGGUACUAAGAGAGGAACGGAUCUGCGACCUGGCAAAAUGUAAAUGGGAAGCUUUUCAGUUUCUGAAACACAGCGGAUAAGACUCUUGGGGAUGUUACGAAAGUCAGCAUACAUUCCAUCAUUUUUGUUUUUCAUUUCUUUUUUUUUUCUGCAUACCUCAAAACUGGUUAUUGUCUGUCAUACUGCAAGUAGAAUUAAUCAUACAGCACUUCUAAUACAUUUUUUUCAUAGAGCUAUAAUCAGAGAGAAAGUUAUGUGUCAAUUUAUUUAUAAUAUGUUGAAAUUGUAUGUGUAAUUUGAUGAUGAAAACUAUUUUGGAGGCCGUCUUUCUUAGAGUUCUUUUACUCACGCUUUUAUUUUAGGGGAUAAGGGUCGCAAGUUUUGUAAACAUAUAAAAUGAACAUCACAAAGUACUAUCAUUUCAAUCUAAAACUUUCCAAAUUCAGUUUUAAUAUUUUAUACUGAUAUGUUCAUGUAAACACUAAACAUGUAUAUAUUCUUAUUACAGAAAAGAAUACAAAACGGUUGAAUAAUAUACUUUACUGGGCAUGAUGGUUAAAAAUUAUACUCGGUCAAAAUGAAAAUGCAUAACUGUUACACUUCCGUUUUAUGUUAAGAAACUGAUUUAGAAGCGUAUUGAUACGGGUAUUUAAAUUAUCAUUAUUUAUUUGUUGUGCGGUUGCGUAGAUUAGAAACUGUGGUGUUUUUUUGUUCUUUCUCUGUUUUGUAAUUUUUCACUCUUUAUAUAUUUCCAUUGGUAAAAAUGUCAAAUAGACAAGUAAUUUUCAAAAACUAAGUUUUCAAUUUUGAAUGUACUUUUAUUUUGAUUUAAUUGUUGUAAUGUUGAAUUCUAAUUUUGAAAUGUUGUUAUUUUAUAUAUGCAACGAACAAAGCCUAAUUAUAAAACAA